AGGGAUGAAUUCUGUCACGCGUCCAACAGUCACGUCAACACAUUCGUGAGGCUGUACACGUCGACAUGCUCGCCAAACAUCCUAAAACCCUAUUUUCAAUUGCCUGUUCAGGUAGCGCGGAUCCCUCCGUUCCUAUCCGGAGGGAAACCUCGAGGUGUCGAAGUCAAGAACCCCACGUCUAAAUUCAUGCCAUAUACGGCCGAUGGAUAAUUGUCGGAUGCGCACCCCGUCUAUGUCUGCCCAGCAAACAAAGUCUCCCGUCGCAGCGGAUUGCCGUCGUCUGUGGCCACCUGCUCGGAUCUCGUAUCACGCGCUGGGACUCUCCCUUGAGUCAGCCUUCCACAGCCAAUCAAUUUUGCUCGUUCUCCCGUUCAUGGCGCGUAUACGUAAUCGAAAACGCAGAAGGCUUAUUACGAUCUGGAUGCCCCGGAUCUCCGUGAAAGACAAUGAUGGAGGCUGCGCAACGAUGUAUGUGCGCGGGAGAAGAUCGCAAGAUCCGGCCGCGACAUUGGCGUGUCAUCUGAACGUCCAGCUAAAGGCAAACAAGGUACAGGCUUCGGUUCCGCGCGACUGCAGCGUGCAUACUUGGCUCCACCGUACGUCACCACAGGGGGUUCGCGCCUUCGUUGGGCUGCACAUGCAGCAGACAUCAUCGAUUCAUCGUUCAGAUGGGUGCUGAAAUGGGCCAUUGGAUGACAUCGUCUGACCAUCUUCUGCGGUACUCAAUGCAUCAUGGGAUGUCUGCUCACUGAUGCAAGUCAGAGCCAGU